AUCGCAGCUUUCCCUUUAAGGCGUCUGCGACCCGGACGAGAAGCGCUUCGUGCUCACGCGGCGCCAGCGAGCGAAACCAGUGUCCCGAGCGGGUGGAUCCGUUCAGGACACCUUUAGGUGUCCCCACAAGGACCGUUAUGGCCGAGCAAUCUGACGACACCGCCUUCAGUGGCCGUUCCUUUCAACAUUAUUCAGAGAUGAAUCUGGACCGGAUCUACAUGGACUGCAACGCCACUACUCCACUGGAACCAGAAGUGAUCCAGGCCAUCUCUGAAGCCCUCCAGGACGCCUGGGGAAACCCAAGUAGCAAUUAUAUAGCAGGCGCUAAGGCCAAGGCAACGAUUAAUCAGGCCAGAGAGAACGUGGCGAGAAUGGUUGGAGGAAAAGCAGAAGACAUCAUUUUCACAUCCGGUGGAACGGAGGCCAAUAACCUGGUGCUGCACACUGCCUUGGAGCACUUCAGGACGAGCUGCAGGGCUGCAGAGCAACGCGAAGGACACCGGAAUGGAAGCUCUGGCCUCCCUCAUAUAAUCACCUCGAACGUGGAGCACGACUCGGUCAAACUGGUAGCUGAGCACCUACAGAAAGAUGGCGAGGCAGAUGUGACGUAUGUGCCUGUGUCUAAGGGGACAGCCCGCGUGGAGGUGGAGGACAUCAUGGCUGCGGUGCGUCCCAACACUUGUCUCAUCUCGGUCAUGCUGGCCAACAAUGAGACCGGAGUCAUCAUGCCGGUGCAGGAGAUCUGCCAGAGAGUAAAGUCUCUCAACAAGCGGCCCGAGCGGCUCCGGAUCCUCCUCCACACCGACGCCGCUCAGGCUCUGGGCAAAAUCCGAGUGGACGCCUGUGAACUAGGAGUGGACUACCUCACCAUAGUGGGACACAAGUUCUACGCCCCUCGGAUCGGCGCGUUGUUUGUGAACGGCCCGGGAAGAAGAACGCCGCUGUAUCCCAUGCUGUUCGGAGGAGGACAGGAGAGGAACUUCAGACCAGGCACAGAAAACACGCCAAUGAUUGCUGGUCUGGGAAAGGCUGCAGAGCUGGUGACCUCUAAUCUGUCAGAUUAUGAGAGUCACAUGCGAACUACCAAACUUUACCUGGAAGAAAGACUGAAGGCCGUCUUCAACGGCAAGAUCCGCUUCAACAGCCAUUUCCCUGGCGCGGACAUCCUGCCUAACACAUGUAACGUGUCCAUCCUGGGCCCGACAUUACAAGGAUGGAGGGUAUUGUCCAACUGUAGGAGGCUGUUGGCCAGCGUUGGCGCCGCCUGCCACUCAGACAGUGGAAACAGGCCGUCCCACGUCCUUCUGAGCUGUGGCGUCCCCCCGGAGGUGGCAGCUAACGCCUUGCGCCUGAGCGUUGGCAGGGCGACGACCAAAGCGGACGUGGAUGCAGUUGUGGAGGACCUGAAGGAAACUGUGCAGCUGCUGGAAGAAAUGAACUGAAAGGCCUUGAUGUGCAUUGACAGUCGUCCCGUAGGUCAGAUACAGGUCAGGUGUAUAGAAUUGAGAUGCACCGUGUUUAGUGUUUUUGUUACGUUCUCUGAUCAUGCAACAAAUAUGAUAUAUAAUGAAUAAAAGGGAAGAGCUGCUGCUUCCAUCAGGAGCCAAUCAGCUAAUUGGAGUCAGGGUUACAUCAACGUGUUAUAGAAAUAAAACAUAUUAACACAA